AUGACUGACCAAAAUGAGCAGGCUCGUGUUGCUGUCCUUGAAACCGAAAUGAAGCAAGUCCUGAAUGUGCUCGAGAAUAUCACCAAACAAGUUGCUUCUCUACAGACAAGCAUUUCCACACUGUCUGCACCCGCUCAACCGAGUGUAGAGAUUGUACUGCCCGAUGACUCUCCUCCUGUUGAGUCAAAAGAUAAGGGAAAAACUGUUGCCAUUGGCACUUCCUCGACCGAGAAUGGUGCAACUUUAACUGACAAAGCUCGUCCGAUCAUUACAGAUGGGGGCGAUGCAUCUUCUAAGCCACCAAAGAGUGAUGAGGCUGAGCGUAUUGAUAAGCUUGAAGAAAAAUUCCGGCAAAUGCAAGGUUUUGAUGAUCAAUUCUCACGAGGUCUUGCUCACAUUGUCAAGGUUCAAGUCCCUAAGAAGUUCAAGGCGCCUGAGUUUAAUAAGUUCGAUGGCCUUUCCUGUCCUAAGGUCCAUUUACAAUACUACACGACGAGGAUGGCGCCGUAUGCUGAUAAUGUGCCACUCAUGAUCCACACUUUCCAAGAUAGCUUAACCGGACCCCCCUUACAAUGGUUCGUUUUGAAAAAGAUUCAUUCGCUCAAGACAUGGGAGGAUUUGUCUGAUGCUUUCAUUCGUCAAUACAAAUUCAAUAUUGACGUGGCCCCGUCACGUGAGGAUUUGAUUCGCACUGAGAAGAAAAAGACCGAGACCUUCAAGGCCUAUGCUACUAGGUGGAGAGCUCUAGCUGUGCAAAUUACCCCCGAGUUGACUGAGAAGGAGAUGCUUGAUACCUUCAUGAAGACUUUACCGUUCGAGUUUCGUAAUCGAAUGUUGGGUUCUAAUUUCAAUUCUUUAGCUGAGUUGAUACCUGUGGGAGAACGCAUUGAGAUCGCUCUGCGCGAUGGUUGGGCCACACGAGCUACCUCUCGCUAA